CACAUUUUCUGGAAGGAGGAUAUUCAAUUCAGAAGGUGUUCACCUGCAUUGGAUAAUAUUUAUCUAUACUACAUAUUAUAUUUGGCCAUGAAAAAUUAUCUCUAAUGAAUAACAGGGAAUACUUAAAAACAGUUCAUCUAUCAUUGCUCUCUCUUAGAAAACGUACACACAAUUUGAGAGAGAUGGAGGGCAAAAUUUGGGAGACAAGUGACAACGGAGAUAUCGAGAUCAUCUCUCUUACCGAGAAAUAUCUGAACGAAAGCCUAGAACUACUGCAAAAUGUAUUUUUCACGGAAGAAUUUACAGCUACAGCAUGUGGAGUUCCAAACGAUCCUGAAGCAAAAAAAGAGUGGGGUGAAAUAUGUUUAGCAGUGGCUAAUGAAGGAGUUUCUGUUGUAGCAAUUGAUAGAAAAAAGGAUAAAGUAGCCGCUGUAGCCUUCAAUAAAUUAUAUCAAAAGAUCAAUAGUAAAAAUUCAAUCUCACUUUAUGACAAGUGCUUAAAAUCCUUCAAAAAUCAAUCAGCAAAAGAUUUGAUUAUGUGUUGUAAACAAAUGGAUAAUACAACAGAUCUAUUCGACAAAUGUGGAUGCAAUUGUUACUUAGAAUUGAUGUUCCUAGCAACAUCUCCAAAUUAUAAAGGACAACGGUUGGCGACUAAACUAACCAAUGCGACUAUUGAGUUGACAAGACAGUUGCAUCAAGGGAAUAACGUGAAGAAGAGCUUGAAUGGUACUAUGUUACACAAUGAACCUAGACCUGGAGCUGUAGUUGCAGUUUUCACAUCAAACAUAUCCCAAAAACUUGCUGAAAAACUAGGAUUUGAAACAGCAGCAUGUAUUUUUUAUAAAGACAUGAUGAGAAAUGGAAAGUCCUAUUAUGAAUUAAUAGACAAGAAGCAAGAGAAAAUUUUAAUUGUGUUUAAAAAGCUUUGAAUAUGUCUAUAAUCUCAAAUGCAAUUAUUGAAGAUUUGACUAGAUGUAAAAAUAUUUAUGAUCCUUAUAUAGGUGUGUUGUUUUUAUUGAUUUUAGUGAACAUAUUUUAUACAAAUUUCUUAUUAAAUGAUAUAUGAUUGAA